GAAGAAGAGGAGAUUCUCGACGAAGACGUGGAGAAAGCCUUAGAGGGGAACUUCGAAGGUGAAAUAGAAGGUGGUUUGGAGGAUGACUUUGUAGCUCUUGCUGGCGGACUCGCUGAACCAGUACCAAAGACGCAUCUUCAACCUCGACAACCAGCUGACGAUGAAGAGUCGGACUAUGAUGACAAUAGCUACGGAGAUGAAGACGAGGAAGAACGGGAACCAACGAAACAAGUUCGCCGCGACGGUCCGCGGAGAGAAAUUGACGAUCGAUUUGAUCAGCUGCUGGAGGCCGACUAUCACGACGAUCAAUUAGGCGAAUUGGAUGGUGAUGAUUACCUCGUUGGUGGUACUUUGGAACCUAAUGAUGAACGGGUGAAAAGAAUGAUUAAAGAGAGUCAUGCUGGCCCUGCCGAUGACGAAGAGGCAUCAAAGGAAUGGACUAGGCAACGAUUGCGCUUAAUAGAGGAAAACGUGAUAAAGGAUGACGAUGUUAUGGAAACUGUGGAGGUUGAUGAAUCAGCAUCAAAGCGGCUGAAAUGGGAUUGUGAAUCGUAUGCGACCCAGUACUCUAAUAUCUACAAUCGCCCAACACUUAUCCAAAAUCCAAAAACUGGCAAAUUGUCUCGUCGUGCGCUUAAACGACUCGACCGCGAAGCGCAAAAAGUUGACGAUAUGGAAGUGGAUGACGAGGAAAUGCAAAGCAACGAAGAUGACACGAUGAGUCAGUGCACGCAAACGUCAACGUACAGCUUCAUCUUAUAUAUGUGGGACUGCACCAGCUCCAUGGGUAAAUCUCGUGUUUGCAGACCAAAAGGUGAAACAGCUGAACAACGUCGUCUUCGAAAACAAGCGGUUAAAGAGGCACGUCGAUGGCGGCGACAAGAGAAGAAGGGUAAUAAAAUGGCGUUCGCAGAGGAGCAUCGGAAGGUGGCAAAGGAACGCGUUGGUCAGAUCAAAACUGUACCAAUUGUAUAA